CUUGGUGCUAUGGGGUAGCAAUGGUGGUGCCGUUGUUUACAGGGUUGCUGUUGGUACUCCAUCGUUCGCCUGCGAGGCUGUGUGUGAAGUUCCUGGUGUUUCAUCCGACCAGGGAGAGAUGUCAUCAUCUAUUCAAUUUUGCCAGAUGGGCAACUGGCUUAUCAGGGUGGAGUCUCGGCCGUAUAAGAUUGGCGGGUCCUUUUUGUGGAAACCUUUUAUCUCCAUAUGUUCUAUGGAUCAACUAGAGCUGAGUAUUGGAAUGAACCCAGAGAGCCCACCUUUCUGCAAAGUUCUUGGAGAAGGCAGCCUUCAGGGAGAAGAAUUUAGGUUAGAGCGUUCUCAUUCACUCCCCAAGUCGGACAAUGAAGUGGAAAUGAGUUCACAGAUGUGCUCAUCCGACAAUGGGUUGGGGAGGUAUGGAAGGACCGUGUCCUCUUCGAUGGUACUUUCCGAGGAUUCUUACGCUCCAUAUGCUAUAGUUUAUGGUUUCCAUAAUGGUGACAUAGAAGUUAUCCGAUUUCUCAACCUGAUGCCAGCUGCAAAAUUUGGUGGUGGAGGGGUUUACCCACAUAUCUCUGAAAGAUUUUUUGUGGGGCACAAGGGAGCAAUUCUUUGCUUGGCUGCACACCACAUGCAUGCCCACUCUGACUCCAGAAGCUUUCAGCGAGCACUCAUAUCAGGGAGUUUGGAUUGUACGAUUCGUGUCUGGGAUCUAGAUGCUGGCACCCUCCUUUCUGUGAUGCAUCAUCAUGUUGCGUCGGUUAAGCAAAUAAUACUACCACCAGCUUCUAGUCAUCAUCCCUGGGAUGAUUGUUUUGUUUCUGUUGGAGACGAUGGCCUUGUAGCGCUUGUUUCUCUUCAAACCAUGCGUGUUGAGAGGAUGUUUCCUGGGCAUUCUUGUUACCCAUCAAUGGUUGCUUGGGAUGGAGUAAAAGGGUACAUUGCUUGUUUUUGUCGUAGUCUGCACUCUACUAAUGACGUCGGUAGCACAUUGUAUAUCUGGGAUAUGAAAUCAGGCGCCCGAGACCGAAUUAUUAGGGGAACAACAUCUCAGUCAGUGUUUGAACACUUCUGUAGGGGCAUUUCCAAAAAUGCAGUUACUGGCGGCAUACUGGGAGGGACAACUUCAGCAUCUUCCUUACUUGUUCCAGUUCUGAAAGACACUGCCCUCCUUCAGUCUCGUGCAAACAGAAAUGGGCUUAACGUUUCACCUGUAUCAAAGAACCAUCACACUGCUGCAGAUUCUUUAGCUUUGGGUGCCCUUACUGCACAUGAUGUGAAGGGGAAGACACAGGCUGCAGAUAGACAUAAUUCUGCAUAUAAUUCAGGAAAGGUUGGCUCUGCCAAGAUCAUAAACAAUAGAAGAAAAUAUCCCAUAAAAUGCUCCUGUCCAUAUCCCGGCAUUGCAAGUCUGAGAUUUGACCUCUCAGAAAUCAUGUCCACACAGGGCAGUUUUAGUGAUAGGCAGUUUAGAGAUCAUCUUCAUGGUGAUGAUACCAAAGAAACUAUACAGCCUGGAGUUUUAGAAAAUACUUCUGGGAUCCAAGAAAUGGAUAGCCCAUCUAGAGAAUCGUUGGAAGGGCAAUUACUUCGAUUUAGUCUCUGUUUUCUGCACUUGUGGGGUGUUGAUUGUGAGCUGGACAAAUUACUUGUAGAUGAGAUGCAAGUUUGCAAGCCAGAAGACUGUCAUAUAGCUACAGGGGUGGUAGGGGAUAGAGGUUCGAUAACAUUGAUGUUCCCAGGGAAAGAAGCCACUCUUGAGCUUUGGAAGUCGUCUGCUGAAUUUUGUGCUAUGAGAUCUCUGUCAAUAGUUUCUCUUGCCCAACGCAUGAUCACGUUAUCUCGUUCUUGUACACAUGCUAGCAGUGCCUUGGCAGCUUUUUAUACAAGACACUUUGCUGAGAAAGUUCCAGAUAUAAAGCCCCCAUCCCUCCAGCUUCUGGUGAGCUUUUGGCAACAUCCUUCUGAACAUGUACGAAUGGCUGCUCGCUCCUUAUUUCACUGCUCAGCUCCUCGUUCUGUUCCACAACCCCUCCGUAUAGAGAGAAACAAAAUUCCUGAUGCCCACUUGUCUUCAUCUGAUCUUGUGGACACGCUUAUACCAGCGAUGCAGAAUGCCUCGGUAUCUUGUCAUGGACAGUUGAAGACAGAUGGUGAAAUUGUUGAUAGAGAUGAUGAUGACGAUACUUCUCAGAUAAGCUCAUGGCUGGAGUCAUUAGAGAAUCAGGAGUGGCUAUCUUGGAUUGGAGGAACAAGCCAGGAUGCAGUGGCAUCAAAUAUCAUUGUUGCAGCUGCUUUCGUUGUUUGGUACCCAAGCAUUGUGAAAGUUAAGCUUGCAAAGUUGGUUGUUAAUCAACUAAUCAAGUUGGUUAUGUCAAUGAAUGAUCGUUACAGUUCAACUGCAGCUGAACUUCUAGCAGAGGGAAUGGAAAGCACAUGGAAAGCAUGUUUGGGCACUGACAUUGCUCAUUUCUUGAGUGACGUCCUUUUCCAAAUUGAGUGCCUAAGCAGUGCACCUUCCAGCAAUGCCAUCUAUAAAACUGCAGUUGCCGUUACAAUGAGGGAAGCAUUGGUUGGUACCCUUCUACCAAGCUUGGCUAUGGCUGACAUAAUGGGAUUUUUUGGUGUAAUAGAAAGUCAAAUUUGGGCUACUUCAUCUGAUUCACCAGUCCACGUAGUUUCACUCAAAACUCUCAUCCGAGUAGUUCGAGGCUCUCCAAAGGCCCUGGCUCCUUAUCUUGACAAGGCAAUCAGCUAUAUCCUACACACCAUGGAUCCAAGCAAUUUAAUAAUGCGUAAAGCUUGCAUUAUUAGCUCAAUGAUGGCUCUAAGAGAAAUUGCGCGUGUUUUUCCGAUGGUUGCUCUCAAUGAAUCAAUGACUAGAUUGGCUGUUGGUGAUGCUAUUGGAGAGAUUCAUAGUGCCACAAUUCGUGUCUAUGACAUAGAAAGUGUCACGAAAAUAAGGAUUCUCGAUGCAUGCGGACCACCAGGUCUUCCAAGCUUUCUUGAAGGACCAUCGGAUACAACAACAUCCAUACUGAUUACAGCUUUGAGUUUCUCACCGGAUGGAGAGGGCCUUGUUGCUUUCUCCGAGAAUGGAUUGAUGAUUAGAUGGUGGUCUCUAGGUUCAGCCUGGUGGGAGAGGCUAAGCAGAAGCCUUACUCCUAUCCAAUGCACAAAGCUUAUCUAUGUUCCUCCAUGGGAAGGAUUUUCACCCAACUCAGCUCGUCUGAGUAUAAUCUCUAACAUCUUGGGACAUGAUAAACAUGUAAAUCCAGAGACUAAGACGAGGGAACUAGAUGACGCUGAUAAUCUAAAACUGUUGCUACAUAAUCUUGACCUUUCUUACCGCCUUCACUGGGUUGGUGGAAAGACCAUUAAACUUACAAGGCAUGGUCAGGAGUUGGGUACAUUUCAGCUGUGAUUAAAUGAUGAGUUCUGCCUUAUUGAUGACUUGGAUUUUGUUGAGUCGUCUUGGAGAUAGUAGGCAGAUGCACUGAAGCGUGAUCAGAGUGGCCCAAUGUUUUAGCCAAAUCGGAGACAGUAAUAUAUAUCAUUACCAACAGGAUUGUUGAUUUUAUGGAUGUCUCUGGAAGGGGCACUUCCGUUUCACCAUCAGGCUACAAAUGCAGCAUGCUUUCUGGUUGGCAGAUCAGAGACACUUUGGAGUUGGUGCCAACCUAAGUUCAUGUGAAAUACCAAGAGUCGGGGAGCUUCUCUCAGUUAACUAUCAGCUGACGGCCUGAAGAUCUGAAGGAUAUCAGAUCUGGUAGUAACUUGUUUGAGUUGCAGGCACACAUCUUUCUUCAUUCAUCUGCCUGCCAUCGGUGUGUACUACUGCUACAGAUACCACCUGAAGAGAUGCACCUGUAAUGUUGUGAUGACUGGUACCAAAGUUAUAUUUCACUUUCACUAAACCAAUGUAAUCUUAUAACUGAGUAUAGUUAACUCAUGUUUUAUCGGCAAGGCAGAUUGGCAAGGCAGAGUCCGUGUUCUGUACUGAAAAUAUAUGACUGAGAUUGGUCUAAUGUGUGAAAGAAUUUGAAUCACAAGAGCGAUGUAUAUGUAGAAAAUAAACGAAUGUGCCUAUACAAGCAGUUUUUUUGGGGAGCAUUUACGCCCAUGGAAGAUUAAUUUAUGGCGAACUCUAGUGAUUAUUGUACAAAAUUCCUGUCAAUGGUAUUUUUUUUGCUGAAUAUAACAUUUUUCUA